AUGUCUUCGUCGGCCGAACGGGUGUUUCGAAUAGUCGAACUGCUAGACUUGAUCCUCGCGAACCUCGCCCUGCGUGACCUUCUUUCCGCCCAGCGAGUCAAUUUUCAUUGGCAUCAGGUCAUAAAAAACUCUUCGCGGCUGCAGGAGUCCAAGUAUCUUCUUCCCGACAGAUCGGCGAGCCGUUCUCCAGAACAGUUCGCGAUCACAAAUCCGCUGUACCUUCAGCGAUUCGUGCAGCAAGCGGCCUUCUUUGCGCUCCAGCAGCUGAAUCCUGCCGUUCAGUUCAUCGGCAUGGACCGGUUCGUUCGAACCAGAGAAAGGAGCUUCGCAGAUCCGGAGGCCAACUGGAGGGACAUGCUGCUGUUUCAACCGCCUGUGCGGCUCGCCCUGCUCAAGUCGAUGAGCCCCCACUACGACGACGGUUACUUCUACAUCGAGAAUAGCAAAGGCUUAAGAAUGGGAGACGUGGUCGACUUCUUCCGGAGGAAGGCGUUGGACGGCAUGCACGCGGUCGAGUUACUCUCCGCGACUGCCACGCGCAAGGUGGUGUGGAGCGUGAUGCCAGCAACUCUCCCGGAAGAGCAGGAUGGCGAGCGAAUUUGA